UCACAUGUUUAAAACUGACACUCGCAACCACACUCGUUUCCUUAGUAACCACACUCUGUGGGAACCGGUAGAACUGGCCUUAAUGGGCGCGGGAGCGGUGAUUGCAGUCAGGAACAAAGGAAUGUACCAUGUCGCUGACAACAAUUGAUACACUAUUAUGAAACACUAUACACACACACACACACACACACACACACACACACACACACACACACACACACACACACACACACACACACACACACACACACACACACACACACCAUAUGACAAAACUUGUAUUAACUAGCCGUGCCCAUAAUGAGUUGUACUUUCUUUGUACCACCUUUUGUACCACGUUGGUCCUUUUAAUGUCGAUUUAAAAUGCUCUUAUACACUUAAUUACAUUGCUGCUUUAAUCCGGUCACCAAUUUAUGCAUUGCACGGUCUUGCUGUGCGUGUUAGCCUAUACAAUGUAAAGUUGUGUUGUUUGUUUUUGAGCGGGUUUGCUAAAGAGACAAAUGUAGCAAACCAUAACAAUGACUAUGGGCCCUAUUUUAACAGUCUGAAACGCAAGGGAGAAGCACCAAGCGCAAGUAGCUUUGUGGGCGGUUCUAUGGCGAUGUUGCCAUUUUACCGGCGCAUAAAUGACUCUUGCGCCCGGCGCAUAUCUAAAAACGGUUGGUCUGAAGUAGCCUAAUUACCCGUAGGUGUGGUUUGGGCGUACCGUGCAAUAAACCAAUGAGAGUGUGAUCUCCCAUCCCCUUUUAGAGCCAUGAGCGCAUUUGAAUCUGACAAGUUGAUAUUUUUGACAGCGCGUUUGCAGUCUCCGUUGAGACAGAUGAAUGACCACAUGAAUUUUAAACGUCAAAUGGCUCAGUUUAUGGCCAAAUAAUAUGACCUAAUUCACACAUGGAAUAGCGCUUUCUUCCACAACUUCCGAGGCCUCAAAUACAUUUCGGCAAAGAAAACUGAACACACAUAGGAUAUGCAGUAACUGUGGUUCUAUUUAAUGAUCUAAGCAACACAUUAACAAACAUAGUUUCUUACCAUUAUUGUAUGCAUUAUCGUUAUCGACUUGUCUUCCUAAUAUGCAUGUGGCCCCCUGUUAAUAUACAUUGCCAUGGACUGUAUUAUGCGUUACGUGUUUAGUUUGCGUGUGUUUAAACAGUUGGAUGCACACACUCGCUCAGGCAUUCAUUCAUUCUUUUUAACACUCAGUCGCGGUAAAACAAUCUUUUCUCACAAUCAAAUAGCCCAAAGUUAUGGGCUUGUAGGCCUACACAAUGUCUGUGUCAGGAAAAUAUGUGUCUGCUGUACGGUGUUUGCAGAUGCAUUGAUUUAAAAGUACAACUUAUUACCGCUGUAUCAGCUGUUCUUUCACAAAUAAUUUACCAAGAAUGUGUGGCUAUGUAGAUGAGAGAAGCAAAGUGUAUACACAAGGUGCACAAGCAACAUUAUGCAUGCGCCCUUAAAAUACCAUCUGAACAACACGCCACUGACUUUAAACCAGGUAUUUCCUGGUUUGUGGCGCAAGUGAUUUCUGAAACGGCAAAAUAGCACCAGGGAACGUUUGCGCCAGUACACGCCUCCUCCUUUCGCCGAACCGCCCCUUGGGGCGCAAGAUCAUUCCCUAAUUUACCGACACGUGAUGGUGGAGGGAAAAGAACGCUCUGCGCCAGUUGCAAACUAGCAACAAUACAUGCGUCAGUGUAGAAAGAAAAUUGCGCCGGAUGCAAGAUAGGGCCCUAAGUCGUAAUUACGUAACAAAAGCAACACGCGCAGGUGGUGUACGAGGCAUCUCAAACAAACCAUAAGUAAAUGGAGAACGGCAGUGGGAGACACAAGGGGGGUCCAAUUUCAAAGCCUGUAGUAUAGAGCGUUGUGAUUGGCCAAGGGCAUGUUGCGGGAAGCCACACAAUGGGGAUAUAACGCGAUCCCUUCGGGAGUUCUUCACAACAAACUCAGGUUUGGUUGUUACUCUAUGCAAGUUGUAAUAAAGCCUUAAUCUUUCAAACCUAAUCCUUCUCAACCUCUCGUAUUUUGUUAGCAUUAGAUUGUGGAUUUUUAUCCACAACAUCACCAGGUGUGGACAAUAGACUUGAUUGUAGAGCUGAUUCUACCUCUGUUGUUAGUAUGUGGGCAAUCUGCCAGUUUCGUUUACCAGUUGACAUUUGACAUAAUUGUAGGGCGGAGUUACGGCCGCUUAUAAAGAAGAACCAGGAAGCAGGUUACAUUUUUGUUUUGAAGAAGGAGCUGCAUGUUAUCUUGCUGCUGAACUGCUUAAAAUAUCAACUCCAAACUUAUUUGAAUGGAGGAAGACUUGUUGGACAGACGACGCUAUGUCCUCAGCGGCUUUGACGACCACUGCCCCUCCGACACCAUCUCCGUGUACAUCCACAGCUGCAGCCACGGGGCGGAGCACAGCUGGGAGGCUGCAGGUGGAGACAGCAUCGUGGUCACAUUUAAAGAGGACAUAGAUGGACACCAAUUCAUGCAGAAAACUUUAACCAAGAGGUUUAACGAAAAAAGGAUUGAGGCUUGUCGUUUGGAACUGACCAAAUCUGUUAUUUUGCAAGCCGGAGACAUUAGUCAAAUUUCUGAAGGAUUCUUUGCAAUGUAUUUCUCCUUCGAAAGGAUGAGUGGAGGGGGCUCUUUUAAGUCCUUUGUCCCUGUCAACCAAAACAAUAGCAUUGUAAUGACCUUUGAAGACUGGAGAGUUGCUCAGAGGGUGGCUGAACGCAAACACACUCUGAGGGGAAUAGACGUUGUUGUACAACUCUUCUACCCUGACCUCCAGUUGGUUCUGAAAGGAAAAACACACCAUCGGUCAAAGUUCUCAACUGAUAUAGCCAUUCUAGUCCCACCCGAACUCCUGAGUUUUAUCAGUCGCACUGAGAUAUUCAGAGAAGAGCUCACAUCUGCACUUCAAAGGGUCCAUGCGAUGGUUUCCUUCAACAUUAUCUCCAAUCACCCACAAUUGGAACUGAAGAUGUCAAUGAACAAGAAUUUAUUGGGCCUGCUCCGGCAUGGCCCCUCAUGGGAGACUAAUGCUCGAAGAGAGGUUCGGACCAUCUUGGAGAGGUACAUUGUGGAGCACAUCCCAAUGAAGGCUGAGGUCUGGCAGAGAGUUAAGGGUAGUUGUCCAGAAGUAAAUGCUGCUACCGCCCUCAUCUCUUUUAAAAUCUGCACCUCAGAGUUAGUGGUUGUCAGGAGACGGGUGGAAGCGGAGAUACCUUUCUUGCUUAAGAUCAUGAGCAAGAUGGAAAAGGCCAAAGAUGAGCGGCAAGUAGUGAAAAGCACCAUAGAUCUCGAGGUGUUCCUUAAAAAGGUUCAAACAGCAGAAUUCCUAAUCUAUCAAAUCCAAGAAAUGUUGACUUUCAAAAAGCUUGAUUCUUCCUAUCACCUUGCAAGGUUUUUGCAGCCCCUUGAUUUAGAUGAGUUCAUAUAUUAUCUCUUUUAUCAAGACAACAUUGUGGCCGUACUGAUCUGUGGCAAAGAUUCUGUCACAGUUCUCGCUAAGAAGGGCGACAUUGACAGAGCUGAAGAUAAACUCAAGGAGGAAAUCAAGCAAGCAUCUCUUUCCAUUUCUGGGGAGUACAAUAAGGAAACCUUUGGUGGGCAAUGGGAAACCUUUCAUGCAGACCUAAAAAAGGAACUUGAAUCUACCCAGAACUUAAAAAAUGUUCUCAUCGAAUUUUCAGGAGACAAAAUUGACCUUUGUGGAUUCCGUUCUGUGGUUGACGAUGUCAUUGCCCAGGUUAAGGGAUUUCUUGAGAACAAGAAAGUAGUGACAGAAGACGUCCCUCUGAAAACGUGGCAGGAGGUUGAAUUUGUUGAGUCAUUCAUGAAACUCUCAGCGGAUCCUCAGCUCAAAGCCUUGGGGGUCACCAUUUUGCCCUGCCGAUAUCCACAAUCUCCAUGUUUCAAAGUCACAGCUGCAAGUGAUCAUAUUAAAGAAGCCAUAAAUGUGGUGAAUAGGUACAUAAGAACAGUAGAAACUAGAAAUUGCAUGUACUCCAAAGCUGGUGAGGCAAAGAUCCUGAAAGAUAAUAAAUUGUUACUCAAAAUGCAGGCAAAAGGCUUGGGCUGCAAUCUCAAACUAUCAGAACAAAAGAUCAGCUAUGAUCUCAAGGGCGGUGUAAAAUUGACCCUUUCUCAGGGUAAUGUUGCCAAACAGACUUCAGACGUUUUGAUUUGUCCACUGGUCAACAUGUCCUUCAACAAUCCUGUUGCACAGCAAUUCCUAGAAAAUGGAGGACCCGAGAUUAAAAAGGAUUUUGACGCACUUGAGAAGGCGAAGCAGAGUCUUCUGGCCGGAGAUGUGAUCAUGACCAACGCGGGCACUCUAAAAUCCAAAAAGCUCAUAUAUGCAGCAAUCCCAGUUUGGGGAAAAAACUAUUCAGAUCUGAACUCGACAUACCUUGUGACGGCAGUCUUGCAAAGUCUUUUGAAGGGUUCCAACAACCAGUGUGUCUCUUUGGGGAUGCCAGCACUAGGAUGUGGAACUUUUGGGUUUCCUGUAAAAGACAGCUGUGAAGCAAUAAUGAAGGGGAUAAGUAGCUUCAUUAGUUUGGGUUGUGGAUCAAUGACGACCAUUCAUCUGACUGAGUCUGAUUCCAAAACAGUUGAAGAAUUUAAAUCUGCCCUUACAAUCUUGGGUUACCAUCCAACAGAUCCCACCAAAACCAAGAUACCACUCAUUCCUUCCGCACCAGGUGCCUCCCAAACUGUACCCCUUCCAUCUCUACAAGUGUCAAACACUAUAGUGAUUGGAAGAGUCUCUGUGAUCUUGAAGAGGGCAGACAUCACUAAGGAAAAUGUAGAUGUCAUCGUGAAUUCAAGCAACCAGAAUCUCGAUCUGAACACUGGUGUGUCUGGGGACAUCCUUAAUGCAGCUGGAAAAUCAGUCGUGGAUGAAUGCAAGAAACACGGUCCACAGGCUUUUGGCGAUGUUGUGCUCACGGGUGGUGGGAAUCUGAACUGUAAACAUAUCGCUCAUAUUCCUGGACCUGUAAAGAUCAGUGCAUUUAUACUGAAGGUCCUUCAUCUGUGUGAAAGCAAGCAAGCUGCCACCGUGUCCAUUCCUACCAUUGGCAUAGGUAUCGAUGGCUGUCUCCCUGAGGAUUUUGCGAAGGCAAUGCUACAGGGUGUGAAAGUGCAUAUAUUAUGCACUCCCUUCUCCAGCCUUAAAACAAUCUUUGUUUUGGCCUUUGAAGACAGGAAUUAUGACGGCAUCAAAAAGUAUUUCAACAAGCCGAGACAAAGUAAAAGCCUCAGGGCUGGCACACAAACGACUGCUGUUCCAGUAAUCACACAUGACUUACCGCUGAAUCAAGUUAAGAUUAAGGAUGCCUUGAUUGAACUAAAGAAAGGAAACAUAACUGCAGAAACUGUGAAAGCCAUUGUCAACAGUACAAACGAGGAUGUUAACUUAAAAAAUGGUGUGUCUGGCGCCAUUUUAAACGCUGCUGGAUCUGCAGUUGAAGUUGAGUGUGCCAAAAUUCGACCGCUGAGGGGCAACAAUGCAGGAGUGACCAGCGGAGGAAGCCUGCAGUGUGACUUCAUCAUCCACAUAGUAGGCCCGAAAAGUUUGGAACAGGCUGUUGAGCGUGUGAAGAAUGUGCUGGAGCACUGCGAGGAUAGAUGGAUCACCUCUGUGUCAUUUCCUGCCAUUGGAACUGGCGGUGGUGGAAUGAAGUUCCCAGAAUCUGUUACUGCCCUGCUGUUAGGCAUUAAAGCCCAUUUUUCAAAGCGUGAAUUCAGUGCUCUGAAGCAGAUCUUUCUAGUGGUUGACCAGGUAAAGGCAUUGCAAGAGGGUCAGCAGGUCCUCCAUUCCUGGAAAAGGAUGACACAAGAUAUGUCUGAUGAUGACGACAGCAGUAAUGCCUGCUCUUCCUGUGAGGAAGAUUACUCAGCAACCACUGCUGAAAUUGGGCCGGUGAAAGUGAAACUGUUGUGUGGUGACAUAACAAAGGAAAAAACGGAUGCUAUCGUCAGUACCACCAACACUAGCCUGAAUCUCUUUUCAGGUGUGUCGGGUGCUAUUCUCAACGCAGCUGGACAAGCAGUGGUGGAUGAAUGCACCAAAUUAGGAAAUCAACCUGGUGAUGGUGUGGUCAUCACCAAACCUGGCAACCUUAAGGUAAAAUACAUCAUUCACAUGGUGGGCCAGACCAAGGAGAAAGGCAUCAUCAGCUCCAUGCUCAAGGUCUUCAAGAUCUGCGAGGACCUUAAAAUCCGGUCGGUUUCCUUUCCAGCACUUAGCACAGGUGCUGGAGAGCUGCAUGCAGUGGAUGUUGGAAAUGCAAUGGUCACUGCAGUAGAAGAACACAUAAAAAGUACCAAAACAUCGUCCAUUAUGGAUGUCCAUAUUGUGAUUUUCCAAACCGAAAUGUUCCAGGACUUUCUGAAGAGCUUGAUGAAAUUAAAAAUAAGGGCCCCCCAGGGAUGUCUGGCAAGUGCAUGCAGGGAUGUGUCCUUCCCUAAAGUGGAGGUUGAGGUUCUUGGCUGCUGUUCGAGUGCCCUGGCAAACGUCAAAAGAUUUGUGGAUGACCUGGUGACGAAAGAGUGGAAGCUGCUCCAGAUCAGCUCCCCCUACCUGGCCCUCCUCCUCCCCUCAGAGAAACAGGCCAUCGUGGCUCUCAGCCGGAGCCUCCAGGUGUGCGUCAGUGUGUCGGCCCCGGACAAGGCCACCGUGUCUGGGAAGGAGGCCGACGCCCUGGCCAUGGUUCUCCAGAUCGAGAAGGAUCUGCAAAAGGCCAAGGAGCGUGCGACCCGGCAGGAAGAAGAGAAGAGGCUGUGGAAGACGGUGCGCUGGGAGGUCUGUAACAGGGAGGCCUGGGCAGAACUGGACCCAUCUGUCAGUAUAGAUCUUGAGCACGCCUUGCAUAAGAAAGAGCAGCGCAUCAGCUACACCCUGCAGAACCAGACCUAUACUGUGAACCUGGACAAGAUGGAGCGGACCGACAGGAAUGGAACCAUCGCUAGAAUAAAGAGGACCCUGAAGGCUGGUUCUGAAAUAGCUUUCAUAGAGCCACCAACAAAUUGGGACAGGAUGGAUGACAAGACUCUAGACAUAUUGGAUCUGUCUCCAACCUCCCAACAGUACAAACGGGUUCAAGCUAAUUUCCUGGAAACAUCCAAAAAUCCCAAUAGUGCCACCUCUGCAACAUUUACAGUGGUCAAGAUCCAGAGGAUUCAGAGCAAAGACCAAUGGCAGAGAUACGCUGUGAAAAAACAGAUGCUUGACAAGAAAUAUCCCCAGAACAUGAAUGAGAUGGACCUUUACCACGGCACAACAGCUAAGAUCUGCCAAAAGGUCAACAGCAAUGGCUUCAACAGAAGCUUCUGUGGAAAAAAUGGCACUCUGUACGGCAACGGAACCUAUUUUGCCAAGCACUCCUGGUUCUCAUGCAAAUACAAAUACUCUUACCCGGACGCUCAGGGGCUGAAGUACAUGUACCAGGCUCGGGUGCUGGUGGGGAAGCCCUGCCUGGGGAUUCCUGACAUGGUGGAGCCAGCCCCCCUGGACCCCAGUAAUCCCCUCUGCGGCCUCCACGACUGUGCAGUAAAUAACGUCCAGAACCCCACCAUUUAUGUGGUGUUCAGCGAUGCAGGGGCAUACCCCGAUUACCUCAUCAGCUUCAAGGAGUCUUGACAAAGCUGCACUCCUUCUGUACCUGUGAAGGGCUAACAAAUACAUUCUUUAUUGAAUUGAAUUGAAUUGCACUCAACCGCAUAUAUUUUAGAAGGAUACGUGUAGUAACAUGUUAAUCAUAUUACAAAAUAACGCGGGAAUAAUAAUUUGUGUGUCUAUCUCAAACAAUUGUAUGUGUUCUUCAUUUGACGUCUUUGUCUAUGCCCAAACGAUCAAGGAGUAAUAUUUUUUUCAGGUAUUGCUUCGUCAUUUAAGUUUUUAUAUAUCUUUUAUAUAAUCCAAUUGAUAGUUGAAAUUACAUCUAAAUUGACCGUAAUCUUUGCACUAUAUCAGUGCAGGGCUGCCAAGUUCCAAAAACUCCAGCCAAUCAGAUCGCUUGAAAACCUGUUCCAAUCAGAUCACUUUAUAUAGAAAUAAGUAAAGUGUGCGUUCAUAUGCUCAAUGUUAUAAUUUCAUGUUCUAAAUUGGUUUGGUUUAUUUUCAACAUGUGGCACUUCAAAACAAUCAGAUUUGGGUCCUUCUUUUGUUUAAUCUUGACUGCUGAUGGCUUUCUUGAAAUGUAUUGAAUCCAUGGACCUAUUAUUGAAAAAAAAAAAAAAAACUCGGUCACGAUAAGUUAACGGAGCAGUGAACUAGGCCCUCUCGGAUGCCAGGCCGAAACAACAUUUGUUUCACUACGACUCCUUUCAGCUGCCCACCCCUCCUUCUCCAGCAAAAAAUAAUUACAGAAAACGGCUAAUAAAACGCUUGAGGUGGCGUUUUGAAAAGACAAAAUGUAAAAAAAAUGUGUACAUGAUAUAAAGAUAAUUAUGAGCCUUUGAUUGAAAUCAAGACAUUUUUUUGCGGAGAAACAUUCCUGCUUCCCAACUUGUAUUGGAGUGAACGAGGAUAUCUACUUCUGGGCCCCUUGAAUUGAGGGACCCGUCCACAGCCCGCUAAAACGACUGCAAUACCAGGUUUGGCCGCUGAGCACUGGUGGAUUGCGGAAGUAUGCACUGUUCCUAGGGGCUUCACACUUCCGUGUAUGGUGAAACGGUCUUGAUAAACAAAAGUAGUAGAAGAUGUACUUCUGUUUCAUUAUUUUGGACUUCAAUGUAAAAGCUCAAAUUUUAUGACAAAAUGUAGCUGAUUAACCUCGGAAAGAAUAAACCGAUGGAGAUUUUGUGGGAAUACAACACGCUAGAAUUUACCGACGCGUGGUGGUGGAGGGAAAAGAACGCUCUGCGCCAGUUGCAAACUAGCAACAAUGCAUGCGUCAGUGUAGAAAGUAAAUUGCGCCGGAUGCAAGAUGGGGCCCUAAGUCUUACAAAUCAGGUAAUUACGUAAAACAAAAGCAACACGCGCAGGUGGUGUACGAGGCAUCUCAAACAAACCAUAAGUAAAUGGAGAACGGCAGUGGGAGACACAAGGGGUGUCCAAUUUCAAAGCCUGUAGUAUAGAGCGUUGUGAUUGGCCAAGGGCAUGUUGGGGGAAGCCACACAAUGGGGAUAUAACGUGAUCCCUGAUGACUGUUCAGGAGUUCUUCACAACACUCAGGUUUGGUUGUUACUAGGGCUGUCA